AUGAUACGAGAGUUACGCGCCGUUGACGACGAAGAGAGCGAUAGUGAUUAUCAGUGCAGCGAGGAAGCUAGCGACGACGAUAUCUAUAGCAGCGAAUUGGAAUUGGAUGAAUGGCGCUUACAUGCGACAGAGCCCCGGGAAGGUCUGUAUUUGCAGGAAAUGCGGCGCCAGCGCGGUCGCAUGGACGAGAAGGAGGUUCAAUGGAUGAAUUUCAAACUACCAACAACUCAGACGGCGGGAUGA